AUGUUUCAAAGGUGUUUCCAAUGCAGUAAAAGGUAUUAUGCUAGAUUACCCGAUAAAGCGCUAACUUUAGCGAAAUUCAAGUUCCCGCUUUCAACACAUACGGUAAGCCAGGUUAAUAAUGAGAUAGAUGAGCUCUUGAACAAUAAAAAUAGGAAAGUCACUUUACAAGGGCAUAUCCAUAGAAAGUCGAGGAUAAGGCCUAGCUUAAGUUUUGGGUUUUUAAGAGAUACAGAGGGCAAUGUUGUGCAAUUUAUUACAAAACAAGGGUCAAAUGCAGAUGCUGAUGCCGAUGCUGAUGUAGAUGCCGAUGCUGAUGCUGAUGUAGAUGCCGAUGCUGAUGCUGAUGUAGAUGCCGAUGCUGAUACAGGUACAGAUAUGGUGAUCUGGAACGCCAUUAAACAUCUCAAUGUUGAGGAUUCAGUGAGCAUUUCAGGGUAUGUCAAGCGUAAGGAAGUCAAGAAUACAGAAGUCAAAGACACGGAGAAGGGCGACCUACUUCCACCACCUUGGGAAUUGGUUGUUGAAGAACUUCAAGUAUUAAACUCUUCAAAUUUGGACGCUGCUAGGCUUGAGAAGUUGAAGCAAACGAAUCCUCAGGAUAUCCCACCACAAUUUAGAUACCUCCAACUUCGUACACCUUUUUACCAAAACGCACUUAAAACAAGAAGCAAAAUUGCUCAAUUAGUGAGAAACAUUUUGAUAGAAAACCAUAGUUUUGUCGAGAUUGAAACGCCAUUGUUGUUCAAGUCGACACCUGAAGGAGCUCGUGAAUUUUUGGUGCCCAUGCGUUCUUAUGAUCAGUUUUACGCAUUGCCGCAAUCACCUCAGCAGUAUAAGCAAAUCUUGAUGAGUUCGGGAUUUACAAGGUAUUUUCAAAUUGCAAAGUGCUUUAGAGAUGAGGAUUUAAGAGCAGAUCGGCAGCCAGAAUUCACUCAAAUUGAUUUGGAAAUGAGCUAUAUUAGCAGUGCUGACCAGGUUAUGAAAGUUGUUGAGGAAAUAAUCUUGAAAACUUGGCAAAACAUUGGACUCAAAGAUACUUUUACUGUGAAUCUGAAGGGGUUUUUACAAAAAAUCAAAGAUGUUCAAAAGGGGGAUUUACAAUUGGAGAAAAUCUCUUACUCAGAAGCUUUGGAAAAGUAUGGAAUUGAUAAACCCGAUAUGAGAUCAAAUUUAUCAUUCAUCAACCUUGAAAAUUUCUUCAUUGGAGAGGAAAACCGAGAGUUCCCGAUAGUAGAAGCGUGUAUUUUGAAAAAUGCGUUUGAACCAGGAGAAUCCCGGAAAUUUAAGAUACCAAAGGCAUUAAUUGACACGACAAACUAUUCCAGAAGAAGACCUUAUGUGUGGGCAAUUCAAAAGGAAAGUGACACUACUUCUUGGUAUAAAGUCCUUUUGGAAAAACACUAUUUAAGUAAAACUGAACAAUUCAAUGAAGCCAAAUUAAGAGAUCUUUGCAAUUUGCAACCUGGAGAUAUACUUGCUAUUUCAAAUAGAUCUAAGGUCUCGUAUGAGAAUCCAACACCAUUGGGGAGAUUCAGACAACUAGCAAUGAAACAGUUUCCUGGGAAAUGGCAGCGUGCCAUCCAAACAAAAGAGGGAAACUUGCUAGAAAAUUAUAAGCAAGAGGAUGUGGUUGUAGGAUCUUGGAUCGUGGACUUUCCUUUAUUUUCACCUGUUGAGUCAACGACUCUGGAUAUCAAUGACCCAUAUCCAUCUUACAAAGACAACAAAUUCGAAUCCACUCAUCAUCCAUUCACAAUGUGUAAAAUUGAGGACUAUGAACUCCUCGAGUCGGAACCAUUAAAAGUAAGAGGAGAGCAUUAUGAUUUAGUCAUCAAUGGAGUUGAAGUUGGUGGUGGAUCUCGAAGAAUACAUGAUCCGGAUUUGCAAAAAUACGUGUUUGACAACAUUCUCAAAAUUGAAAAUCAUCAACAAUUGUUUGGACAUUUGUUAAAAGCAUUGAGUAUGGGAUGUCCUCCUCAUGCUGGUUUGGCUUUGGGCUUUGAUAGACUAUGUGCCAUGGUUGUCGGUACAUCAAGUAUAAGAGAUGUGAUUGCCUUUCCUAAGAAUCAAUCAGGGAAAGAUCCCGUGGUUGAGAGCCCCACUACUGUUGGCCAACAAACAUUGAAUGAGUAUUAUAUAACAAAAAUUCCUGUAAAUAAAUAG